AUGGGGAUUUGGGUUAGGUCUCCCAACGUCCCAUUCCUUCUACUCUACAAGUCUAAUUCUUUGCUUUUUUCAUGUGUGGUUUUUGUAGAGGAGCAUAACCUGGAAGCUGACUCUGGUCCAGAAGCUCUAACAGAUCUUGCUUCUGUUGCUUCAAAGCGCGUUUGGCAGGUGGCAGCAAGGCUGGAGGGUGAAGGGAGGCACUGUGCCCACAGGAGAGGCAGAAGUGCUGGCCUUAUCUGGCAACUGACUCUGCUCCCCACGUGCUUGGUGGAGGCCCAGUGGGUAAAAUUGUCCUUGCUGAGAGCAGUGGCCCAGAGCUCCAGCCCUGGCUCCAGGCACCCUGGGGAAACCUGUGAGGGAAGGUCCACGGGAAAGCUGAUGGACUCGGAGCAGCAGGCUGGUGGGUCUGCUGCUUUCACUGAAGAUGAGAAGGAGAAGCCUGAAUCCUACUUCGAAGGCUGCAGCCCUGCCGCUUCCUCUGACAGUUUACAGGCACCUGGAAUUGGCUCCAGGGAAUUGCUCUCCUCGGAACCUUGCUCCCCAUCAUUAGCUUUUUUGAAUUCCCGUUUCAAGGCCAUAUGA